AUGGCUUCGACGCAUGUUCUUAAGAAGAACUACCGCUGCAACCGCUCCCUGCAGCAGUUCUACACUGGCGGGCCCUUUGCGGUCGGGCUCGCCCCCGGCGGCGACGGCGAGGGCGGCGCCGAGGCUGAGGCCUUCCUCGCGUGCGCAUGCGGUGGGGAGGUGCGCGUGGUGUCCGCCGCGGACGCCUCCGCCAUAGGGGAGCCCGUCGACGGCGACUCAGAGGCCAUCACCGCGCUGGCGCUGUCCCCCGACUCACGGCUCAUCUUCGCCGCGGGGCACAGCAGGCUUAUUAGGGUCUGGGACCUCGCGUCCCGAACUUGCAUACGCAGCUGGAAGGGACAUGAUGGUCCUAUCAUGGCCAUGGCAUGCCAUGCUUCUGGUGGUUUGCUUGCAACUGCCGGAGCAGACAAGAAGGUCUGUGUAUGGGAUGUCGAUGGUGGAUUUUGCACCCAUUUCCUUAGAGGCCAUACAGGCGUUGUGAUGACCAUUAUGUUCCACAAAGAUCCAAAGCGCCUUCUGUGUAUUCCACUUCCUUUUGAUGAGCCCAAGAUAACCUAUGUGUGCUGGAUCUCCAGUUGUUUUCAGGAAGUGAAGAUGGCACCGUCAAGAGUGUGGAACCUUGAAACCAAAAAAUGUGUUGCUGUGCUUAAAGAGCAUUUUUCGGCAGUCACUUCAUUGACAUUGUCUGAUGAUGGGCAAACAUUGCUCAGUGCUGGGAGGGAUAAGAUUGUUACUGCAUGGGAUAUUCGUAAGUACAGCUCAAAGAGGACAAUACCGACAUAUGAAAUGAUAGAAGCUGUUUUCUUCAUUGGAUCAGGAAGUGAGCUCUUGGCUUGUUUGGGCAUAGAACUGGCAAAUAUAAAGGAGAAAGCGGCCGGUUAUUUUCUUACAGUUGGUGAACGUGGGGUCGUGCGCAUCUGGUGCUUGGAGAGUUCUCUUUGCGUGUUCGAGCAGCAAGCAUCUGAUGUAACUGUUAACUCAGAGAACGAGGAAACCAGGAGGGGCUUUACAUCUGCUGUUAUGUUGCCAAAUGAUCAAGGAUUACUAUGUGUUACUGCUGAUCAGCAGUUUUUGUUCUAUUGUCCCAAAAGAACUGAUGAUGGGACCUUUGAACUGUCCCUAUAUAGACGACUAAUAGGUUAUAAUGAUGAGAUUCUUGACUUGAAGUUUGUUGGGGAGGAGGAACAAUAUCUUGCUGUAGCUACCAACUUGGAGCAGGUCCGUGUUUAUGAUGUUGCGUCGAUGUCAUGUUCUUAUGUACUUGCUGGCCACACCGAAAUAGUUGUUUGCAUUGACACCUGUGUCUCUGCUUCCGGGAAGACACUUGUUGUAACUGGGAGCAAGGAUAAUACUGUGAGGUUAUGGGAUGCUGAAAGAAAAAGCUGUAUUGGCAUUGGCAAAGGCCAUCUGGGAGCUGUUGGUUCUGUUGCCUUCUCAAAGAAAACAAAGAACUUUUUUGUUAGUGGCAGCAGCGAUCGAACCAUCAAGGUAUGGACCUGGGACGAUACACUUAGUGAUGCUGAAGAUGAAGUCCCUCUUAAAGCUAAGGCUGUUGUAGCUGCACAUGAUAAAGAUAUUAAUUCUCUGGCAGUUUCACCUAAUGAUGGCCUUGUUUGCAGUGGUUCUGAGGACCGAACUGCUUGCAUAUGGAAACUCCCUAACCUAGUGUCCUCUAUUGUCCUUAAGGGACACAAAAGAGGAAUCUGGUCAGUUGAGUUUUCUCCUGUUGAACAAUGUGUCUUGACAUCCUCUGGUGAUAGAACAAUCAAAAUAUGGUCCGUUGCUGAUGGCUCAUGCUUGAAGACAUUUGAGGGUCAUACAUCAAGUGUUCUGCGAGCUUCUUUCCUUUCACAUGGAACUCAAGUUGUUUCUUGCGGAAGUGAUGGUCUAGUGAAGUUAUGGACAGUCAAGACAAAUGAAUGCAUUGCUACUUAUGAUAAGCAUGAUGGGAAGGUCUGGGCAUUGGCUGUUGGCAUGAAAACUGAAAUGGUUGCUACUGGUGGAACUGAUUCUGUCCUCAACCUGUGGCAUGAUUGCACCAUGGAAGAUAAGCAGGAAGAUUUCCGUAAGAAGGAAGAGGUUUUAAGAGGCCAGGAAUUGGAAAAUGCUGUGUCAGAUUCUGACUAUGCAAAGGCAAUACAACUUGCAUUUGAGCUUAGAAGACCACACAGGCUUCUAGAUUUAUUCUCACAGCUUGCCAGGAGAGCUGAUGCAGAGGAUCCAAUAGAAAAGGCUCUUCUUGGUCUUCCAAAGGAUGGCCUCCGCGUGCUUCUUGAGUAUGUCCGUGCAUGGAAUACGAAGCCCAAGUUCUGUCAUGUUGCACAGUUUGUUCUUUUUCAGGUAUUGAGGAGUUUCUCUCCCACUGAUAUCCUGGAGAUCAAGGGCAUCAAUCCAGAUGUAGAUGUGGUUACAAUCAAAGAUGAAAUGAAUGGUUCAUCUGUGGAGAACGGUGAACUUGCAGAGCCUCGGCCUGCUUCACCUGUACCAGAGAAGUCAAGCAAGAAGAGAAAAUCCAGGAAAUCAAGUAAAAAGGGCAAGGAGAAGAAGGUGAAGGUUGCCUCGAGUGGACACAGCAAUGAUGUCUCUGCUGAAGCCUGA